GCCUCGGCAGCGGCAACUUCAUCCCUUUCAUCAAUUCUUAACAAUAUAUUGACCACACAUCAACAACAAGGUGCUUGAGAUUUUUGAGAUGACACACUAUGGGUGGCUAUGAGCUUCACAACGGGGGGGAGGCACAGCCGUCAGGUCCGCGACCGCAUUCGAACCAAGGACAUAGCUCUGGCCCUCCGAGCUCAUCUAAUGAGCGCCCGCCGCUCAAGAGAAAGUAUCAUCCCAGAGCCUCUCGGGCCUGUGAGCUAUGCCGAGUAAAAAAGCUAAGUGUGACCAAGGCAGGCCGUGCCAGGUUUGUAAAGAUCGUGAAGUCCCAUGUAUUUAUAGCGAGAGUUCCUCCCAAAAGUUUAUGAGAGGAUCCGAUACAGGUAACUCGUUUCUUCUGGACAAGACUUCGAGACCCCCGCCUCUCCGAGUCUCGCCUGUCGUGCGUGAGCGAGCACUCGAAGAUGAGUAUUUCCAAUUACCUGGCAUACCGUCUCAAUAUCAGCAUCAGGAACGGCCUGUUUCCUUUCAAGAUGCUUUUCCGUCAAGUGGUGACUAUCCCCUCUGGAGGGAAUUCGAGAACGAGACGAUGCUUGCAGUCAACCACCAGACGAGUGGUACAGAGUUCUACGGACCCUCUUCAAACUUCAUAUCUUUGAAUAAACUCCUAUCAAAGGCUCGUCAACUGAUUGCAGCGGAUCCUUCUAAACCAGCUUCCACGGACCACCACACUGUCAGCCCUGGAUUUCUGCCGGACCCAUCUGCCGGUUCCUCGAAUCUGAGUACUGUUCGUUCGCAGUCUACAGCUGCCGAAACUCCAGGCUUGACACAGAAUCUCGCAUCGAUAGAUCCACCACAUACCCCUCUUUCGGUUGUCAAUCUUCUUUGCGAUGAAACUGCCACUCUGCCUGAUCCGAGGCCAUCAUCUCCAGUUACCGUUGCAGGCAGAGCUCAGAAGCAGCCCAGUUCUGCCCCUGUGACACCGGCAACCAUUCAAACUGCGUCUCCACAUGAACCAAACGCGCACCAUGACCCGGAAACACCAGGGGCUCAGCCACGGUCUAUUGACGUCCAAGUUGCAGUCCAAAACUCCUCUGAUUGUUUCUUCGGGAAUCCCAUGUUAUUGGAGAUAGAGUAUGUAAAUAUAUACUUUAACAACUUACACUACAUCUCUCCCUUCCUAGAUACUGGGAUAUUCAAGGAAAGAUGUGGGCGUGAGAUAUGGGCUGCUAGCGCGUUGAAACGACUUCGGCGCAACCAGAUGCAUUUUUUGGCACUCUAUAAUGCAGUGCUUGCGGUCGGGGCAUUGGCCGCUCCCACAGACGCACUCGAAAGCAGCCGUUCCGAACUCGGUGCACCAUGGGAGGAAAAUCACUCUCUACACAGCCGAAAGGUGGUACCAUCUUCCAUUCGACUUUCGAAGCUUUAUUUUCAACGUGCCCGGAGGUUGCUUGGAGAUGUGUUCGAAAUCUGCUCCUUAGAAGGCGCGCAAGCACUUCUUCUACUUUCCAUAUGGUGUCAUCAUGCUUUGCGACCACAUGCCAGCUAUAUGUAUAGUGGGAUGGCGGUCAGGACAGCUUUUGCUAUAGGAAUCACAUCAACAAACCGCUCACAGCCCGAAGAAUCCCAAGUUGCAUCUGCUAGGACAUGGUGGUGCAUCUACUGCCACGAAAUCAAGAUAACUUGUUCCUCCGGUCGAGAAAGUAGUAUGAGUGCUCCAUCUAAAUAUCGCCUUCCAACUCCUCUAUCAGCUGUUUCCCUAUCCGCAAUACAUCGGUCGGCAUCUCGGAAUAUUUACUCCUUAGAAGCGAACUAUGAACAAAUAUCUCAGUCCGCACGACAGCUCGACGAGGAGUUGACAGUCUGGAAUGCAACGCUCCCUCGUUGGCUUAACCCCGACGUUGUCUCUUUCAAGGAGCCCGAGUGGAUGAGCAAACAGAAGCUUGCACUGCAAAUAGGCUUUCAUCACAUCAGAGCAUUCAUCUAUCGCCCGUUCCUGUCAUUGCCGUCAGCUACCGUUGACUUUGAUCACUCUGUUUCCAUCUGCUUGUUGGAAGCAAGCGCGACAAUCAAGAUCCUCCACUCUGCUUUUACUCAUCGGCAUUACGUCCGGAGCUGGUGGUACAACGCAACAUAUAUUCUCUAUGCGAGCACCGUUCUCUUACAGUGAUCUUGCUUGAUAGUCCAUCUAUUCUAUUAACAGCAGGAUGUGUGAAGGCUGAUCUUAUUGAAGAUGUCAAUAGAUCACUCGAAAUAUUGCGGUCCAUGGACCAGAUGGUCGUAGCAAUUCGCUAUGCGGAUUUACUCCGAGAUAUCCUCGAGGUUAUGGGGCAAUCCCAUAUCAAUCAUCAGAGUACCCAGACAGAAGGACUACCAGCUCGGGAUGUCAACUCGAAUAUCAACAAGGAAAAUCCAAUGGAAUGUCAAGGGGCAGGCACGGCUGAGAUUGGAGGAAAUAUUGCCUGUUCACUUCAAGCAACGGCACAAUUUCAACCGCCCCAGAAUUCUAUCCUUUCAAGAGAUGAUGUACUGGCCA